AUGGCCGCUGCGCGACCAAGGCUCGCCGUGGUACCGUCUCAGGGAGCGGGCCGUGCCUGGGGCACCGUGGACUCAGCGCCCUCAGCGUCGUCGAGUUUCCUGGACCUGCGGUCCUCUUCCGUCGGACCAAGCGCUCCCGCUGGGCAGGGCUCCGCGACCGCGGCGGCGAAAGGCAAGGCUCCCGCCGUGCCACAACCGAAUGUCAAGAAAAUGCGACGUAGAGUUGCCCUGCUGAGCGGCGUACACCUGAACCUCCCGAGCUCCCCCGUUGUUGGCCCGUCACCCCCAGGAUCCUCGCGCGAAAUGGCAUGGACGUUCACCGCUGAGUGGGACUCGACGCAGGACGAGAUCGUCUUCAGCGAGGUCGAGAACGGGUCGUCCGCUCCGUCCUCGACGUCAUCAUCGAGCCUGCGCUUUAUUGCGAGUCCAAUUCCCUUUGACGUGGAGGUGGAAGAGGACGAGGCAUUCGAUCUUGACGUGCCGGGCGCUCCUCCUGCCGCGCCCUCGCCCCCCUUCUCUGACAUGCACGCCUCAUCGUCGUCCUCAUGUUCGUCGCCCUCGUCCCCAUCCGCGCUUUCGUCCCCCUUUUCGCCUUCGAUGUCCGCCGUGUCCGAGAUCUUUGACUUCUACAUGCACACGCCUCACACGCUGUCAUUUUCGCACCACGACCGUAACGGGUCUGUGUCCACCGCUCCUUCCUCGCCCGUCGGUCCCCCCUCGCCUGCCGAGCAGUCACCCCCACCCUACCCCGCCAGCCGUGCCGAGCAGCCCGUCAUCUCCGUCACCUUCUACCAGGAGUCCGAGAACCCCACGCGGGAGACGACCGCCCAAGUCGAGUCGGCCGCGCGGGCCAUGUUCAACGAGUACUCUAUCGAGGCCGCGACGUUUACGGAGAAGAAGAAACCGCAACUGCGCGCGCUCCCACCAGCGCCCAGCGCAAGACACGUCGCGCGCCGGCCACUGCCACCAGUGCCGACCCGGGGAACGUCGAUGCCGGAUGUGUCGGCGGGUGCACAGCAGUCGUCGGUUUGGGACGAUCGCGUGUCCAGGAUGCCGCCGCGGCGCCUGCAGAGCCGCCAGCGGUUCGUGCCGUCCGCGUAUAGUCCCCCGCUCGCUGGACCGCUGCACGCUCGCGCCGCGAGCCUCGGAAACGAGGCGACGGGGAGGGACGCUGUAGGAACGCAGAAGGGUGCCGUGCUUGGGAGACACAUCCGGUCCAUCAGCGCAGCCCUCAGCGUAGGCCUGCACCGGUCGCACUGAGCCCUCUUGGUCAUGUUGAAACUUUGCUUCCUGUUUUGCUUUCACACCCGCCUUCAAGUUUCAAGCUUCACACUUUGCACAUUUGCACAUUCGCACCCCGUUCGUCCCGCUUUACCUUAUCUUCGUCUCGACCUUGCGUCGACUCUUUUUACGUGUCCAGCCCGUACCCCCUUCGUCCUAUUCGUACCAACGUUGCUUUGCCCUUCUAACUUUAUUAUUGGUUCGCCGCUGGCCACUUAUUUCU